UUUUCGUCAAAUGUCUAUUCAACUGUUCAUCAUUUUCUUUUAUUUCCUAGUCUUCCCAGCUUCAACUAUAUUCCAGUUCCGUCAAUUCCCACCUGCACCAGUAUCAGAUAAAGGGAAAAACUGUCCAGAUGGGGAGUUUGUAUACGGAAUUCGAGUUGGAAACGAUGGUCUGGAAAUUUUUUGCAGAAAAUUUGGAACUUCCAGCUUAAGCAUCGAGAUGGAUCCUCUUAACACCGACGGCAACAUCAAGUACUGCUCGGGCUCCGGAGUCAUAGUUGGACUUUUCCGCACUGAAAACGGUGACACACAUCAGCUGUGCGAGCACACCAACGAUGCCUGGCAUGGUGCAUCGUGCUCAAGAGGUUUUGCAGUUUGUGGUAUAAAGGAUAAGAGAGAUGGUGGGCUUCAAACAUUUGAAACUUUUUUGAAGGAUUUUCUGGAAUGCUGUAAGCUUCCAAAAGUACUGAAUUUCCAAUGCAAGCCGGAAUUCUCGUUGAAUUUUGCUGCAGAGCGGGACAAUCGGGAAGGUCCCAAUGCAGUUACUGAUAGCUUCAAGCUAAAUAUAUCCCUUACUACGAGUGAUGGAGAAGAUGAAAUGCUGACUCAAGAGGAGAGAAGUGCUGUUGCUGAUUCCAUCAUCUACAGUGUCCAGCGAUAUGGUUUAUCGGAAACAGGCACAACCUAUAAAAUGAAAAAUGUUACCAAAAUAUUGCCACUAAUAAAGGAUGCUGUUAUGAACCCACGACAAGAAAACUCGCAAUACACGAUUCCGGCAAAAACAUACACCAUGGUUAUUCAGAAAGUUAUAACGUGUGGGAAUUAUCAAGUUUCACUGCCGGAGAGAUUUCAGAAGUUUACAAGCAACUAGUGAACUUAAUAUCAAGAUUUUCGGUGUUCUGUUGUACAUAUGAAGUAUUUUUUUAUAAUCACAUGAAAAAUUGAAAUUU